CGUCAUCGAAAUAGUUGUGAUCUGCACUUCGAAGAGUCAACACGCAAUCCACAUUAUGUGUUUGUUAAAUAUAUAAAUGUUAAAACAUUAAGAGUUAUAAGUUAGGACAAUAUAAUAUAUGUGAUAUUCCUGUGUAGGAUCCGGUUCAAUAACCUUGAAGAUAUAACAUUUUUUCUUUAUUAAAUAGUUUUCCUUGUUUACGCUCAAGUGUGAAGAUGAAGUUAUUGCUUUUGAUAUUUUUGGUACCCUUAACGAUAUGCUCGGCCAAUAUCCCGAUUUCGCCGGAUCUUCUAGAAACUGUCUUUGGUCACCCGGAUAAUGCGACAAAUGAUGUGAAGCCAGCUGCUUCGCAGGCCUUACCUGUAGCUCCGGGUUCAGUCAACCCAGCAUAUCACCCGACUUACCCAAAACCUAUUGAGCAGUAUUACCCAGCGUUAGCUGAAUACGAUAAGUUUGAUUGGACGCUUACAAAGCGAGUAGCUUCAAGUUCUCAGGAAAAUUUCCUGUUAUCUCCGAUGGGUGUAAAACUUGCGAUGGCCAUUCUGAUGGAAGCCUCUACAGGAUCUACUCAUGCAGAGCUAUCAUCGGUUCUCGGUUUUGAUAAUGACCGUCAAACAGUGCGGAGGAAAUUUAGCUAUAUACUAAACACAUUGAAAACUCAAUCAUCACUAAACGUUCUAGACCUGGCCAGUAGAAUAUAUGUAGCAGAUAACAUAGCAACCAGCCAACAUUUCUCAGCGAUCGCCGAAACUUUCUAUAAGACUGAAAUUAAAAACAUUAACUUCGACCAUCCCGUCAAAGCUGCGUUCGACAUUAACCAGUGGAUCAACAUAACCACGCACGGCAGGAUUCCCGGCCUUGUUAAUGCAGAUGACGUGUACAAGGCUUCAGCUUUCAUCUUAAACACAAUAUUCUUCGAAGGAACGUGGCUCCAUCAAUUCGCGCCGAAUGUCACUAAGCCGGACUUUUUCUAUUUAUCAGCUACGUCCAAAAAGGAAACACCUUUCAUGAACAUCAGAGACAAGUUCUACUUCGCUGAAUCUUCUAAAUUCAAUGCCAAAAUAUUAAGGAUGCCAUAUUUGGGGAAUGCAUUUGCAAUGUACAUCGUAGUACCGAACACUCUAACGGGUAUAGUCAACGUGUUCAAUGAUCUGAGUGACUUACGAUCAGAACUUUACUAUCUCCAAGAAUACACUGUCGACGUAACUCUACCAAAAUUCAAGUUUGAAUAUACCUCGCAACUGGAUGGCAUUCUCAAAGAAAUGGGAAUCAGACAAGUCUUCGAAGAUACCGCAUCUCUCCCCGGUAUUUCUAGAGGACAGAAUUUAAAUCAAAGACUAAAAGUGUCCAGGGUUAUACAACGUUCAGGAAUUCAAGUAAACGAACUAGGCAGCAUAGCGUAUUCUGCUACAGAAGUAGCCCUCGAGAACAAAUUUGGAGGCGCAUCUGAAUACAAGGCGGAAGUGGUUGCAAACAAACCUUUCCUAUUCUUCAUACAGGACGAAACAACGAAACAGUUGCUAUUCACAGGAAGAGUGUCUGACCCCGCGCUGGUCGAUGGCGUGUUGAAAUUACCACGCGUGUUCUAUGUUGUGAUGUUUUAUUUUAAAACCACUAUGUUCGGUUUAAUUGUUUUACUCACUGUCGGUAUUCAAAAUCUACAUUGCUCGUCAGUUCCACCUGAGAUAUCACGCUUAAACUUUUUUGACACUGACCUCCUUAGAUAUUUGGCUGAAAACAAAAAAGGAAAUGUCCUGGUAUCACCAGCCAGUGUCAAAUCAACACUGUCGAUGAUUCUCGAAGGAGCCUCCGGUGCGACAGAAGAAGAAAUUAGAAGUGCUCUAAGGCUUGCACCAUAUAAGUUCGAAUUUAGGGAACAGUUAAAUAUUUAUUUAAAAGCUUUGAACGUCAACACAACGGGAGUGGUCUUGCAGAAUGCAAAUGCCAUUUUUGUAUCUAAGGCUCAGAAAAUUAAAAAAGACUAUGAGCAAAUUUUACGGCAAGUCUAUUACGCGGACAUAAAAACAGUGGACUUCAGUUACAGCAACAACGUUUCAGAUACCAUUAAUCAAUGGGUUAACAAACAAACAAAAGGCCUCAUUCCGAAUAUAGUUCAGCCUUCGGACAUCAACCCUCAAUCAGAGUCAGUUAUAGCGAACGCCCUGUACUUUAGAGGGUCAUGGAAGAGAGGUUUCAACCCGCGCCACACCCGGCCAGCCUGUUUCCACGUCGAGAAGGGCUGCUUGAAGGUUGCCAUGAUGGAACUGCAUCACGAUCUCAAUUAUGCGUUCGUUGAAAAUUUGAGAGCUCAUGCUCUUGAACUUCCUUACGAGGGAAAUCGUUACUCAAUGUUUUUAUUGGUGCCACAAGAGAAGGCCGGGCUUAAUACUCUGUUAAGAGAUUUACCGUACAUGAGUCUACCACAGAUAACACCAUUUAUGGAGAACACUAAUGUUCGUCUUUUUAUGCCGAAAUUCAGUAUUGAUUACAGUGAAAGCAUGGUUGGCGCUCUUCGCAGUAUGCGAAUAACCUCACUGUUUUCGAAAAACGCAAGUCUUCCAGGAAUGUUCGAGAAUCAAAACACUGAAGUGAAUGACAUUAUGCACAAAGUACACAUGUCGGUGGACGAGGUUGGUACUGUAGCAGCUGCAGUGUCCGUGGCUGUUGUAAUACCACUCAUAGAAGAUGGCAUUCAAUUACAAGUGGACAGGCCGUUUGUAUUCUUCAUCAGGGACAACGAAUUAGAAAUUACAUUGUUUGAAGGAAAAAUUGAAGAGCCGUCAGUUUAUGUUGAAACCGCUGAACCAAUAAGCCAGACAGCUAAAGAGUACAGGCCACAAUUCGCUAGUUUCGGAUCUCCGUACCCGAGAAUCAAACAGUUCUAGAACCUUUCCUCAAUCUUCCCAAUGAUUUUAUACCAAAAGUUGAAAUAAAAAUUACCAUUGCAUAAUAAAUAAGAAAUAUGUACAACUUAGAUUUCAAUUAACAUGGGUUACUUCAUUUAAAAUUCAUAUCAAAUUUUAUCCUUUCUAUAUUUAUGAUGAGUGAGACUUUAUACGAAUAUAGGUAUAUCAAAAUAUACCAUACUAGGUAAUUUCAGAUAUAUAAAGUGUUUAAUCGUAUGUUAGAUUCUUAGGUAUGGCAACAUUUUUUUAAUAUUUCUUUACUGACAAUAAGUCCACAGCAGCGGAUAUGAAUGAAAAAAUAAACAAAUUUAAAUUUAAAAAAAA